AACAAAGCAGCAACCGGCAACAAGUCGAGUCAGAGAGGGCAAGACAGUACCGCAAUUGCGCUAAAGAAAGGGUUGUUCCCUACAAGGGGAAUAGCUAAACGGUCUGGCAUCUAUAGACCUAGUAAUUUCACGAAAACAGCCUCCAAAAAGCUUUCUAGCCAAGAAGAUUUUGUCCUCUUUGCCUUGUACGCAUUUCUUUGUGCGUUCGACAAUCGACGGCCCUAGUUUUGUAAAAUAGUCUAUUGGAUCUAUACGACGAAUUAACGAACCAGUCAUCACGCGACUACACAGUAAAAGAUGUUGGGUCGCAUUUUUGCAACCUCAUUAGGUGGAGGUGCCGUUGCUGCAUUUGUGUACAGUCGGGAUCGGCUUCAUGCUGCGUGGACGGUGAACUACGAGCCCGUAACAUUGUGGGACCACAACUGGGAUCAGCGCGAUCCGUGUUCGUGUGUGAGACCGCUGAAGACUAGUGAUCCAGCAGAACAGAACAAGCAUAACGCGGCUGUCGAAGCUUAUCAGCCGAGAGCAACUCGCCAUAUAUUUCUCAUCAGACAUGGCCAGUAUUUUGAUAUGAAGGACACCGACGAUGAGCGUAUACUUACUCCAUUGGGACGAGAACAAGCCGAGCUGACAGGGCUGAGGCUAAAGAAACUAGGAUUUCGGUUCAACCGUAUCGUGAACUCAACAAUGACGCGGGCCGUGGAAACAGCGGACAUUAUUUGCCGUCAUGUUGAUGGUCCCAGAGAGCAGUGUGAGUUCUUACGCGAAGGUGCACCCUGCCCCCCUGAGCCAAAAAUUUCUACGUGGCAACCAGAGGAGCGGCAAUUUUUCCAAGAUAGCGCUCGUAUCGAAGCUGCUUUCCGAAGAUACUUUCACAGAGCAGAUCCUCAGCAAAAGGAAGACUCUUAUGAAAUGCUAAUCUGCCAUGCGAAUGUUAUUCGGUAUCUCCUCUGCAGAGCUCUCCAGUUGCCGCCUGAGGCGUGGCUUCGUUUCUCGCUCCGACACGCAUCGAUUACGUGGCUAAGCAUUUCACCAAAAGGCACUGUCAGCGUAAAAUGCAUCGGAGACGCCGGUUAUAUGCCUCCGGAAAAGCUGACGUUCUGCUGACGAAGUAUUCCGUAGUGGGCACAGUGUUUUGCGUUGCAUGAGCGAAGUGGGCCUGAAAAUGAAGUCGAUUUUGUCGUAAUCGGCUACCCCUUUUACGCGGGCAGUAUAGAAAUAGUUGUAUAACUUAAAAAAAUGCCAGAACAUUAAGCGGAUAUCAUGCAUGACUAGUACUUAGUAUCCUGUGACAUACCUAUGAAACUUAGUCAGUGAUCCAAGACCUCGAAUAAUUAAGCGCAUGAGAAAAAUCAAAUCAGACCGAGCUCUACACAAAUCCAUGAACUAUAUUUAUGCUGGACAUUAGCCUCCCUGUGUUCAGAGUUGAAAUUGUUCAGUACUGCAAUGUCGUUAAUAAUAAUCUAUUGAUUCGAGUUUAACCCCCAAGUGACCCCGAUAUACUUACCAUCAUAUAGUGGUCACGAGCACAUGAAACGGAACGUAGACAACAGACAAAGAGUUUCGAGUGUUUCCAUGUAAAAUUCUUUUAACUUUGGUAACUCAGUUAUCUGCUGGAACGUAUCCAGCUUAACAUGAAUUUUUCGAUCACUGUACAAACGAUUUGACAAUUAAGGAAUUUAUGAGGUAAAUGUAAUUAUGAGUAUUUUUACACCGUUGUUAAGGCAAAGCGUGUAAGUAAAAUAAAAUUUAUAUGAUAACAAUUCCGA